AUGUCGCUUUACACGUUCAUUCUACUGUCACUGAUUCAAUUAAGUGAUGCUCAACAGUGCGUUAGCUAUUCACCACAAUAUCGUAUUCCACUACCAAUCGGCAUAUUCUUACCGGAUCCGUUCAAGAAACAACUGAAAGGUGCAAUCGACGUUGCACUCAGUCAUAUUCAUAAUCAGUCGUGUAUUCUGAACGAUUACUAUUUGCAAAUGAUUUUCAAAGAUACUGAGUGCAAAACAUCGGUUGGCAUGAAAGCGUUAUUCGAAUUGAUGAACGCCGAGCCACGUCCAUUUGCAUUAUUCGGUGACGCUUGUACAAAUGUUAACGAACCGGUUGCGAUGGCUUCCAAGUACUGGCACUUACUGCAUCUGUCGUACGCUGAAACACAUGCAAAAUUCGCUAGUACAGAUUCACAAGAGAUGUACCCAACGUUCUUUCGCAUUGUGCCUGGCGAUCGAAACAUAAAUGAGGCUCGAUGUCGACUUAUAUUCCAUUUCAAUUGGACACGUGUUGGGACCGUCAAGCAGAGUGAUGAGCCUCGUUUUGCACUGCCACAUGAAUCGUUAACCACAAAAUUGGAACACGGAUACGGCAUUAAAGUUGUAUACACGGCAGGCAUAACUCAUGAUGAAAUCGAGAACAUUGGUUUGGAGCUUGAUGAAAUGAAGAUGAGGGAUGUGCGUAUAUUCGUUGGAGAUUUUGAAGAGGUGCUCGCAAGUCGAAUUAUGUGCGAAGUUUAUCAGAGGGGAAUAUACGGUGAUAACUAUGUCUGGAUUUUGCCCGGAUAUCAUUAUGGUGAAUGGUGGAAGAACGCGACUGCUACGAACUGUACGGCAGAAGAGAUCAGCACUGCGAUCAAUGGUCAUUUCGCAAUUCAGUUCGCAUCCUACUCGCCAUACUUGCAGCAGAGAACUAUUGGCAAUAAAACGGUUUCUGAAGUACGCGAUGAAAUCGAACAAUCGUGCAAUGAUGAUUGUGAAGCGAGUGUUUUACGAGCAUAUGCCUAUGAUGGUCUAUGGACGAUUGCAAUGGCUGUGCAUCGUGUCUCAAUGAGAUAUCAACGAAUUUACGGCACAAUGUGGGAUCCAUUAAGUGAGAGCGGCAACGACAGUAGCACUCAUACGAGACUCUUGAUCGAAAUCAAUAACACAUCAUUCAGUGGUGCCACGGGCCAUGUACGUUUCGAGAACAACGAACGAUUGGGUGUUGUGGAAAUAUUGCAGUGGCGUAACGGUUCAUAUUUGAAUGUUGGUUACUUCGACGGUUCGGAUGAAGCCUUUGUGCUGAACCCAAUUCUAGAAAAUUGGCGUGCACCACUUGAUGCAACUAUAGUGCUUCAUCAACGACUUUACAUAGCCAAUGCACUCGUUAUUUUGAUGUCGUUACUGGCGGCUGUUGGUGUCACAUUGGCAUUUAUCUUCCUUACACUCAAUAUUCAGUACAGAAAUCAUCGAUUCAUCAAGAUGUCAUCACCGAACAUAAACAAUUUAAUAAUUGCCGGAUCAAUAUGCACUUACAUUAGCGUUAUAUUGCUUGGUCUUGAUACAAGGAUUGUAUCGCCACGGGGAUUUGUUGCUCUUUGUUAUGCGAAAACGUGGAUCCUAUGUUUAGGGUUCACGUUCGCAUUUGGAUCGAUGUUCUCGAAAACGUGGCGGGUUCAUUCGAUAUUUACGAAUAUUCGUAUGAACAAGAAAGCGAUCAAAGACUAUAAACUAUUCCUUUUUGUUGGUCUUAUUGCUCUUCUUGACGUGGCCACAUUAACGCUUUGGGCGCUAGUAGCACCUUUCUCAUUGUCGAUUAUUCAACUGGAUGCAAUUUAUAUGGAGAACAAAGUGAUUGCGCCUGAAAUUGAGCGAUGCUAUAGCGAUGAAUCGGUUGUUUUUGAAGCAAUCAUUUUCGGGACAAAAGGACUUUUGAUGAUUCUGGGUUGCUUCCUGGCCUGGGAAACACGCCAUGUCAAUGUGGCUGCCUUAAACGAUAGUAAAUACAUUGGAAUGUCCGUCUAUAACGUUGUCGUUAUGUGCACAUUAGGCCUCGCAUUAGCCUUCAUCCUUCAGGAUCGAAUUAAUGAAGCGUAUGCAUUGACAACGUUCUUCAUCAUUUUCUGUACAACACUCACUUUGUGCCUCGUUUUUGUGCCGAAGAUCGUAGUAUUAAUAAGGAAUCCAAGUGGAGUGGAGCCGAGUUAUCAAAAAGGUCUCAUGAAAUCAGUUAUUGGCAAUCAAACAAAGCAAUUCGUUAGACAAGUAUCUGUCAAAGUAACAACGAAUGAACGUGAACGAUUGCAACGUUUAGAGGAGGAUAAUGUGAUGUGGCAACGAUUUCUUGUUGAGAAGACGAAUCAGCUAUGGGAUUUGACUCAAAAAUUGAAAGAACUCGAUGAACUGGAUCAGAAACAGUUGAAAGUAGCGAGUGUAAUGGCAUGCAAAACUUCGAAGCUGAUGUCGACAAAGGCUUUCGUUUGUUCAGCUUGCUUAACAAUGGUUCGAACUCGACACGAUUGCUCAUGGCCAUGGAACGAUCCUAAACAACCAACCACUAUGCUGUGA